AUGGCGGCGGCUAUGGUAGGAAGCACCGCUCCUUUUGAUUGCCAAACCCAGUCAUGGGAGGAAUAUUGUGAAGUGCUCCACCAUUUUUUUGAAGCUAAUGAGAUCGACGAUGCAAGUCGACAGAAAGCUAUAUUACUUAGUUCAGUGGGCAGUCAGACGUACAGCCUCAUGAGGAACUUAGUCAGUCCCGCCAAGCCAGGAGACAAGACAUUUGAUGAACUGGUCAAGUUAUUAAAGGAACAUUUCAACCCUAAACCCAGCGAGAUUGUGCAGCGUUUCAAGUUUAAUUCCAGAAACAGGAAGAAUGGAGAAACAGUCAUGGAAUAUGUUGCUGUGCUAAGGAAAUUAUCGCAAGACUGCAACUACGGAGACAAGUUGUCUGAGAUGAUAAGGGACAGACUGGUCUGCGGUAUAGGAGAUGACCGCAUACAGCGCCGACUGUUGUCAGAGCCGGACUUGACAUUCGACAAGGCACUGAAGCUGGCACAGGCAAUUGAGACAGCCAGCAAAGAUGUGAAGGACUUACACUCUCUGGAGUUUGCACCGCCACACUUGAGGGCACCUCAAACAGUGCACAAAAUGUCAGCAAAGCAGACCCCCAGUAGGCAGCAGCACCAGCAUAAGGUUUGCUACAGGUGUGGAGGGGAGCAGCACAGGGCUGGGGACUGUAGGUUCAUUAAAGAAACCUGUCACAAGUGUGGUAAAGUUGGCCAUAUUCAGAAAGUGUGUAGGUUCAAAGGCCCAGCCAGUAAUUCAAAGGCUAGAGGGGGUGGAGUUCACUCAGGAAAGCAGGGGAGAACACAGGGAGCAAAUUAUGUCAGACAGGGGAAAGAUGAAAAAGAUGGCGUUGAUACAGAUGAAGUCAUGUUCACACUGUACAAAAUAGAUGAACUUGAUGUACCAGCAGAAGAGCCAUUUGUAGAGACAUUGUCAGUUAAUGAGACAGACACACAGUUUGAGAUGGACUCAGGGUGUGGGGUAACAGUAAUAAACCACUUGGUGUUCAAAACCUUAGGGGGGAAGGAGGCACCAAAGUUACGCCCAUGUCGAGUGAGACUCAGAACAUACACAGGCCAUAGAGUAAAAGUCUUGGGAGCAGCUGUGGUUAAGGUGCAGCACAAAGGGCUAGUACAAGACUUACCUGUGGUAGUUGUAGCGGGUUCAGGCCCCAGUCUGGUAGGCAGGUACUGGAUUAGGAGGCUAGGUUUACAGUGGAGAUCAGAACCCCAGGUCCAUCACAUCCAGGAAGAGACCUCAGAGGAGGUACAGGGGAGACCAGAAUCCCAAAUCCACCAUCUGGGAGAAGUGACAUUGGAGGAGGUACUGGGGGAGUAUGGGGAGGUUUUCAAAGAUGAACUCGGGAGAUUCAAAGGCCCCCCAGCCAAAAUAUAUGUGGACAAAGAAGCAGCCCCCAGGUUUUUUAAAGCCCGGCCCGUUCCAUAUGCUAUGAGAGGAAGAGUUGAGGAGGAGCUCAACCGUCUCCUCACCCAAGGGAUCAUUGAACCUGUUAAACAUGCUGAGUGGGCAGCGCCUGUGGUCCCAGUGCUGAAACCCGAUGACACCGCAAGACUGUGCGGAGAUUACAAACUGACGGUAAAUCAGAUCUCAAAGCUUGAACAGUACCCGAUUCCCAGAAUUGAGGACUUGUUUGCCACGCUUUCAGGUGGACAGAAAUUCACAAAAUUAGAUCUGAGUCACGCUUAUCACCAGAUUCCCUUGGAAGAGGAAGCAAAGAAGUACGUGACCAUAAAUACCCAUAAAGGUUUGUUCACAUACAGAGUGCUACCUUUUGGAGUUUCAUCAAGCCCAGCGAUAUUCCAACGGACCAUGGAGGGACUGCUGCAGGGCAUUCCUCGUGUGACCAUCUUCCUGGAUGACAUCCUCCUCACAGGGAAAGACGACCAAGAGCACCUGCAGACUCUGGCCAUGGUGCUGAAACGGCUACAGGAAGCCGGUCUCAGACUAAAGAGGGCCAAGUGCUUAUUCAUGAAUGAGGAAGUGAUGUUUCUGGGUCAUAAAGUGGAUGCAACAGGGCUGCACCCAGUCCAUGAGAAGGUGCGAGCAAUCAAAGAGGCACCCACACCUUCAAAUGUAACAGAGUUGAAGGCAUACUUAGGACUGUUAAACUAUUAUAACAAGUUUCUGCCAAAUCUGUCAACUGUCCUUGCCCCAGUGCACAAACUGUUACAAAAAGAGACAAAAUGGCAGUGGGGAGAGGCACAACAAGCUGCUUUUGAAAGAUCAAAAGAAAUGAUGCAGUCUGCUGAAGUGCUUGUUCAUUACGACCCAGAGAAAGACAUUGUGCUGUCAUGUGACGCAUCACCCUAUGGAGUAGGUGCCGUACUGUCCCAUCACAUGCCAGAUGGAACGGAGAGACCCAUAGGAUUCACCUCACGAACAUUGAACGCAGCUGAGAAGAACUAUUCACAACUAGAUAAGGAAGGACUAGCAGUGAUGUUUGGAAUAAAACGUUUCCAUAAGUACAUUUAUGGACGGAAAUUCACAAUAGUGACAGAUCACAAGCCCUUGCUGUCACUUUUCAGUGAGAUGCGAGCCGUACCACAGAUGGCCUCACCCAGAAUCCAACGAUGGGCGGUAACCUUGAGAGCCUAUGAAUAUACAAUAGUGUAUAAAGAAGGGAAGUAUCACUGCAAUGCAGAUGCCCUGAGCCGCCUUCCUUUACCGGAGGAACCGGAAGUUGAGAGGCUGGAAGAGAGGGUUCUCAUGCUGGAGAGCUCUGACAUCACGCUGGUGACAGCUGAUCAAGUAAAAGCAUGGACAGACAAAGAUCCAGUACUCCUGAGGGUGCGGGAGAUGGUACAAAAUGGCUGGUCAGCAAAAUUAAAAGGGGAGGAGUUUGCCCCAUAUGAGGUGAGGAAACAUGAACUCAGUAUCCAGAAUGGAUGUGUGUUAUGGGGCUGGAGAGUGAUUGUGCCAAAACCAGGCCGAGAAAACGUUAUGAGACAACUUCAUCAGUGCCACCCAGGAGUGUCCAGAAUGAAAGCACUGGCUAGGAGUUAUGUGUGGUGGCCAAAGUUGGACAAGGAGUUGGAGGAUAUGGUCAAGGGCUGUACAACAUGUCAAGAGCACCGUAAUAUCCCUGCACCAGCUCCAUUACACCCCUGGGAGUGGCCGGACAAACCGUGGAGCCGUCUCCAUGUAGAUUAUGCCGGACCGUUUAUGGAAAAAAUGUUUUUUGUGCUCAUUGAUGCACAUUCAAAAUGGAUGGACGUGUAUCCAGUGAACUCUGCCACUUCAGCCACUACAAUUGAGUGUCUGCGUACCAGUUUCAGUAAUCAUGGACUGCCUGAGUUGUUGGUGUCUGAUAAUGGCACUUGUUUCACCAGCACAGAGUUCAAAGACUUUCUGAGUAAAAAUGGUAUCCGUCAUGUGACCUCUGCACCCUACCACGCUGCCAGUAACGGGUUAGCAGAGAGAGGGGUACAAACAUUCAAGAGAAUGAUGAAAAAAUGUCCAGAGGGCACACUCACAGCUAAGGUAGCCAGAGUGUUAUUUAGCUACAGAGUUACUCCUCACACCACUACAGGCCUAUCCCCAGCAGAGUUGCUUCUAGGAAGGAAGCUACGUUGCACACUCGAUUCAAUCCAUCCAGACCUGAGCAGGAAAGUGAAGGAAAGACAAGAAAGACAGAUAAAUGAUCACAACAAAAGGGCGAAAGAACGCUGGUUCAAAACAGGAGACUCAGUGCUGACCCAGAACUUCAGUCUAGGGCCCAAGUGGAUCCCGGGAAUUAUUGAGUCGGUGACAGGACCGGUGUCCUAUAAAGUGAUGCUGGGGGAUGGGAGAGUAGUGAGGAGACAUGUGGAUCAGAUUCACACUCGCCACCAGAGACCACAAGAAUGUAACAACAACCAACAAGCUGCUGCUAGUCAGCUAAGUCAGGCCAACGAAAAAAACGAAGCAUGGCUGGAAGCUGAGCAGGUGGUACUCAGGGGUGACAAGUUGGAGGAGCCAGCAGCUACAGAAGCUGUUGAAAGCUCAGAGACUGAACAGAAAACUCUUACAAAUACAACUCCAGUAAGGAGACAGUCAAGAAGGGAAACUAAGUUGCCCAGUUACCUUAAAGACUUUCAGUUGCAUUAA